AGUUGAUUUUUAUAGUCGGUUAAUAAUUUAAACUGUGAUCUGCUGACACCUAGUGGAGAAAGUGGUUGACUGCMUGACAGACAGCAUGAGGACUAUCAUCUGGUCUGCUCUCCUUUCAGUGACUCCUUAAACUAUUUCAGCUCAUCACCUGGAAAAUGUAACAAACAGAAACUUUGUCAUCGUGACCCAGUGGAAAUCCACAGCAAAUCCAAACAUGUGCUCCCAAUUCUUCUUUUUUAAACUUUAUGCAGUAUGUUUUAUGUAAUCGCACCGGCAUUAAUUAAUCWUUAAACAUCCGUACUACAACAUUUGCAGCUUAUGAGUGGCUGCAAACSUCUGCAUGAACAUUCAGUGAAACAAUACAGUAAUAACAUGUUGAUAGUUGAGGUAAAAAUAACACAAUGGGCUGUUUGAGAUAAACAGCUAAGAAUGAUUAUCAGCAUUUUAUUAAGAAGUCUCGAUGAGUCGGUUAGUGAAUGAAAGGAAGUCCGAGUCUUCUUCACCGAACAGAUGCUGAUUAUUUCGCUUCUUUUCAUCCCACAACACGUCCGACACGACCGUCCCAACAUGGCCACGUCGAUUACGUUCAAAACAUUUCAUCUGCAGUGCCAUUUCCGCUCGCCAGGUGGCGGUAAGGUUCCAACCGAAGGCUUUACGUAGAGACACCGGGCGGAUAUAACGUCAGCCGGUAUGAAAACAUGGUUGAACAGGCUGAAAUCCGCGUGGUUCACCAAGGUGGCAGUAAUAUAACCUUCAGGGAGCCGGCUAUAAGCUCCGACUCCAGGUUCCUUCUCUGCGCCUCGGGACACAAUGUGAAGGUGUUCAGUACCGUCACUGAGGAGUGUGUCCAGGAGCUGCGGGGCCACACGGACCUGGUGACCGGUGUGCUGCUCAGACCCUCCAACCAUCUGCAGGCUUACUCCUGCUCAGCAGAUGGCACCGUGAGGCUCUGGGACUUCACCGACGGGAUCCUCAUUAAGACGUACGUCAUCGGGUAUCCCAUCUGCUCCAUCUACGCCUCGGCCAGCCAUGAUGGCGUCGUCUUCAUCGCCACGCCAACGAAAGGAUACAAAACUUUGGGUAGGUUUGAGUUCCUUCCAGCCGAACGAGAAGUUUUGGUCUAA